GGCUCGAUUUAAGGACAUCUUGAAAGAUGAAGCAGCUUAUGUAUUUAUGGAUCGAUGUGAUUGGGGCAAAUGAGGAUUUUCUCUGUUUUACUAUGAAAACAUCGUAUGUGAAUGUGGUUGGGGGGGGUGGGGGGGAGAAGCUGAGAAACCCCACAACCUCUGUUUACUGCUCUGCGCAUGCUCAGACUGCGCUCCCCCUUUUUUUUUUUUUUUUUUUUUUUUUUUUUUUUAUUAAUUUUUAAUGGAAAAUGGCUGCGUUCCUUAUCCAAACCGCUGGAGCUGGGAAAUGAUAAUAAAAAGCUGUCUAACUGAUCCAUCUUUCGUCUCAUCCUCGUUCACGGCGAAACAAUUCGAUGUGGUGAUUACAAGCUAGCAAGUCGAUGUCCUGUGGUGCGAAAAAGAAAUAGGAAAAUGGACCUACUCACGCUUUGAGGGAUGAAAGAUCAUUUUGCUCCUUAACCCUUUCUGCUCCGAGAUCUGCGAACAAUCGAGCAGAAGAUGAUGCGCCAGGUGACAACCAGUGACUUCUGCAUGAGUAGCAGGCCGUCUUGCCUUGCUGAAGAUGGCCACCACCCUGCCUCUCACUUUGACCUGUGCACGUCACAGUCCAGCAAGUUCUAUCCUCCUCCCCCUCCAACAUCCCUGCAGAUGACGCUGGCUCCCAUGGCCUUACCCACCCAGAGCCACAAGCCCAUGGUGUGCCAGAGACAGGAUGUGCUCGGGGGUGACCCACGCUCGCCUGGAAAAAUACCAGGCUUGAAAUCCACCGAGCAAGCGCCGGAUGACGGCAAGAAGAAAAGCAAAAGUGUUGGGAAGUCGGGGAGACGCGGGAGGCCAUUGGGAACAACCAAGCUGGCUGGGUACAGAACCAGCACUGGGCGACCUCUCGGCACCACCAGAGCCGCUGGGUUCAAGACGAGCCCGGGAAGGCCGCUCGGCACAACCAGAGCCGCGGGGUAUAAGGUCAGCCCCGGAAGGCCUCCUGGCAGCAUCAAAGGCCUCUCGCGCCUCAACAAACUGGCUUAUAGUAGCACCUGCAGCGGAGCAGCUUUCCCUUAUCCGCUGCCACACAAAGACAUCCUCUGUGAAGCUCCAUGCAAAGAGAAGACAGCUACUGAGUAGAGGCUCUGCUCUUUUUCCACUUCACCCUUGACUGCUGGAAUAAUAGACACGUGCAGGUUUCCUGCUGCAUAUCGGAGGUGAUGGUAAUAUUUCCCAAUCUCCUUUGAGGCUGAGAGGAGGAGUUUUCUUUUUUCAUUUUUUAAAAUAUUCGUAUUGUUGUCAUUUGCGUGCCUGUCACCUGAUUUAAUUACCAUUGGUUUUUCUGUGCUACUGCUGGAGAUCUAUGGUGUGUUAACGGUUUCACUCCACAUCGCUGUGUGUUUUCUUGGGAACAAAAAGAGAUGUUCGGUGGACAAGAGGUUUUUAUCUUGACAACUGUAGUAGUAGCUUAAUUUCUAGUGUUAUAUGUAGCAUUUUAAUACCAAUGAAACAUUCAUGUAAAGAUAUUUGUUUUGAUCUUAAUGCUAUCGUCAAAAGAGACUUUUUUUCUUGAGAGGCUUGAUAGCAACAAUUAUGUAAAAUCUGUUGGGCUGCGACAAAACGAGGAGAGAAUGUACUUUUACUGUUCAUCAUGUCACAGCUUGAAAUCUGAAUUAGAUGUUAUGCAUUUUCAUUCUUACUUUUAUUCAAACAGGUGAAAAAUCAAGGCAAGGCAGAUGAAGUUUUACUCAGCUCUACAAUCAACACUAAAGACAGGACUCUUCUGGACGAUGUGGUAGUCUCCUUUCUGUAAACAUCACUUUGCCAAAUGUCUGUGUGUCAGUUGCAUGCAAAUGUCUCCAAAACACCCGACUUAACUUCUGAUUAGGAGAAGAUUGUUGAUUCUAUUAGAUUUUUUUUUACAUGAUGAGCAAAUAUUCAGCUCUCCCUGCUUUUCUGUCCAGCGCUGCACAUUUCUGACUGUGGACUGACUGGUUGCUGAGAACUGGAAAAUGUUUGGAUGUACGCUGUUAUCAGCAGAUUCGAAUAGAUUCUGAAUCACUCUUAAUGACUGAGGUUCAGGAUCACUGAUCUUGGCCACUAGAGACACAAGCAAGCAGCUGUUGCAGGAGUUCUCACUGUAGCAUUAAUAAUUUCCUUUUUCAUAUAAAAAAAUGGCUUUUUGACUCCAAUUUUGUCAGCUUGUUUGGGACUGGGUUCAGCUUGGAAACUUUUUAUACUGGUAUGUGUUACAGUGCAGAUACCCAUGCAAUGUUUUUCUACUCAUUUAAAUUCAUCUCACCUCAUAGCAACAUAAUAAAGAACUUCACCUUAAUAAAAUAGGUCCUUAAUAAGCAAAAUGUGUCUUUAAAAUCAGGAGUUAUCAGAGGGAAAAGUAAGGCUAAAAUGUAAUCAUGCUUUCUGUACCAGCUCUUUGUACCUGAUUCUUUUCUUUUACUCUCGUUGCUACGGAGACAUUUUCUUUUUAGUCGUAAAAAAAACAAAGAAAGACAUUUUCCAGGUGACCUCUGUUGUCCCAGUAUUGUCCUACAGCUUUACUUUGCGGUUGCUGUUUUUACACUCCCAGCUGUUUGAAUGAAACGUGGUCUAAUGUAAACAUGUGGCAGUCUUAAUGUGUAUUUACAUAUUUAGAAAGAAAAAUACAACAUAGCUUUACUUUAAAAGGGAUCAUUGUCACGUCGUAGCUUAGGUUUGUCCCCCAAAGCACUUCUUUAUAUAUUUUAGUUGCCACUUUAUUUGUAAGAAUAAAAACUGGAUGACCAAUCACAUACAAGUUUAAAUUGAGAUGUAUUUGUCUUGAUAUUACGCUAGACCCAAGACAAGGAAUAGAAAAGAAAAUAGUUUGCAAAUGUCAUAAAUGUUUCUGUAAAUGCACUGACUAAAAAUGGUAGAGGAGUUACAAUGUAAUGAUGGAACUUAUUUUCAAAAACUUUAAUUAAAUGUGAUAAUUGUCAAAGUAUCUUAAUUUCAUCCUUGCCCAGAAAAUAUUUAGAACAUACAUGUGUGGAUUUGCAUUUUAAUUAUAAAUAGUAAAAAGUGAUAGACCAUUACUGACAUGGCUGUAGUUUCUUUACCUGUCUUUAACAAUAACAAUCAGAUUAUUAUUACUUUUAGAUAUUGCUUUUUAAAAUUACAAAACUAACUGUGGGGAAACCUGAUGUUUACAUCCUGAUAUAAAAACAUUCAGAAAUGGGGAAAUUUAUUAAUUUUGCUUGUUUAAUAUGUUUUUUUUUUUCACAACACAUGUAACACUUCUGUAAAUACAAUACAGAUCACAUAAUGUCAAAUAUAUCCUUGGACAUCUUAUUCAAGUUAGAUAAUGUGGCAGGUUCUUUUUCUUUGCUGUUUAUUUAUUAUAACCUCCCAUAAUUGAUUUUUCAGAAAAUGUAAAAGUACAAGAGCUUCUUGUAAGUUGCUCUUGUCCAACACAAUUAAAAUUUGGUGCAAUAAUAUGUUUGAUGUAUCGUAGGCUACUGCUAAAACCUUUUAGCCACCACUUUUUAUUAUUAUUGUAUUUUUGAACUUGCAUACAGGGCCUUUCAUGUAUUGAUGAUUUGCGUCAUGUAAAACAAACACAUUGGAAAUGCCACACAGGCAUCUACUUAACCAAAGAAUGUGACACCCUACAGACAUGACAAACUAACCUUAGCGAAAGUUGCUCUGUAAAUGAAAGAUAAAACAGCAUUCACAGCGUGUUAAUCUAAAACAAUAUGAUUGUUGGGAUCAAAUGAUUGCAUCUGAUGCUCAAGUAAUAAAAAUGUUAGUUUCUUGAAUGCGUUGUAAACUACACAGAUCAUGUAAACUUCUUUAUGUUUUAGUGUUUUAGUUUUUAUACCAUCUGUUCUGCUUUUAAAGUAACUUCCCUUUUAUAUUAAAAAAUUGUGUGUAGACAUAAUUGAUAUUUAAUUGAUACUUUUUUCCUUUUAUUUGUCAACGUGGUGGCUAAUGUGGUGCCUGGUUGUCUCCCAUUCAGAUUUAUUUUACAGUGUUUGUGUCUGAAAGGCUGAAGUUUCUAGCUUGUAAUGUUUAUAGAACAACACUUGGAAGAUGGAUGGACUGUUAGCUGGAUAGCAGAAUUUUGAAAUGACAACUAAAAGAAAAAAGCAUAAACAACUGAAUUAAUAAUGGGUAUUGCUUAAAGCUUACAAAGACAGUUGAUGUUGAUAUCAGAGGCGUCCCAUUUGAGCCUCAUUUAACUUCAUUUUAAAUUCCACCGUUAAGUUAGUUUAUGUUAGGCUAACCUGUGCAACCUAUUGGGUCUUUCUUAUAUAUAAGAUGUUAGUUAUUUCCCCACAUUGUAGACUAACUUGAAAUAUAGUCACGUAUUGGGCUGUUCCCUUCCUAAUUUUUUAUUUUAACUCUUAAACACCAUCAACAGAGGCUUUACAGCAGCUUAUUAGGUGCUAAUAUCUAACUAUGAUUAAAAAAUUGUCUUUUUAACUGCUGUG